AUGGGGUCCAAUACAGCCAAAGUGGGAUCAGCCCAUAGUGGAGAAGGAUGUUGCACUCUUGGCGAAGUUCACGAUAUCGGAGCCAAUCUAUAUCCAGAGGCUGAACAGUUAUCCACGGAGGAAGUGGCCCGGGAAGGCGCUCAAGUGCUGCGUAUUCUGGACUGGAGACUUAUGCCAAUGCUCUAUGUGACAUACGUGAUUCAGUUUCUCGACAAGCUAUCGCUCAACUAUGCAUCCGCCUACUCCCUCAAUGCUGAUCUCGGGCUCGAAGGGAUCGAUGCUACUUUGCUUCAGCUACCGACGGGGGCUUUUGAAGCUGCCAUAGUCCCUAUCUGCGGUCUCGUCGCGACCUAUGUACCGAACUCUAGAUGCAUUGUUCUCGCUGUCAUCAGCCUGAUUCCCUUCGCUGGGCUAUUGGGUAUUCGAUUUACUGAUCUUGAUCAUCGCUGGACACUUGUCGGGUACUUAUUGGAGGAUGUCACAUCGCAGGCUGUCGUGGACGGGUUCAAGGAUAUGACGGAUAUGGAGUCCAAGCACUUCCGAUAUGCUCUUUAG